GCCACCGGUUGCCAGCGAUCCCGCUGCCGGGUCCCCGCGGAGCUCCGGAGCGCGCGCGACGACGAGUGGGGACUCCCGCGGGCCUGAUCCGGGAGACCACCCCGGCGCGCCCGCCACCCUGGGCCUAGGGAGCUCGCUGGGUGGGGGUAGGGUCCCCGGGGUCCCGGACCAGCUCCGGGAGCGACGAUGGAAGAAUCGCAGCGCGCGCGCUCGCACACGGUCACCACCACCGCCAGCUCCUUCGCAGAGAACUUCUCCACCACCAGCAGCAGCUUCGCCUACGACCGAGAGUUCCUCCGCACCGUGCCGGGACUCCUGAUUGUGGCCGAGAUCGUCUUUGGACUGCUGGUGUGGACGCUCAUCGCUGGCACUGAGUAUUUCCGAGUCCCUGCUUUUGGCUGGGUCAUGUUUGUAGCUGUCUUUUACUGGGUCCUCACGGUCUUCUUCCUCAUCAUCUACAUCACCAUGACCUACACCAGGAUUCCCCAGGUGCCCUGGACCACAGUGGGCCUGUACUUUAAUGGCAGUGCCUUCCUCUCCUACCUCUCAGCCGCCAUAGUGGAUGCAUCCUCUGUCUCCCCAGAGAAGGAGAGUCACAACUUCAACAGCUGGGCGGCCUCCUCGUUCUUUGCCUUCCUGGUCACCAUCUGCUACGCUGGAAACACAUACUUCAGUUUCAUAGCCUGGAGAUCCAGGACCACACAGUGACUUCCUCUUCGGAUAAUGGAGAAGAAAACACACCAGGAUGAAUCCCUCUGUAAAAAUGGUUGUAGCUAUAAUGUACAUUGCCCCAGAAUUGUAUUUAACUAAUGUUUUUAUAUCUUAGUUAAAUUACCGCCUAAUGGCUUGUUACAAUUAAGCUGAUACUUACUUGCAAGUGCUGUGACUUCUAAUGAACCCCGAGGUCUCUCGACCUCCUCAUAGGCUUUAUUUUCUUACAUAAUGUAUAAAUAAAUUGUUGAAUGUUAA